AUGGUUGGGCUUCAUGUGAUGAUUUUACUGCUGGCUUCGACCAGUCGAGUAGCAUCAGCUACAGAUAUAGCGAAUGAGAUUCAAGAUGCGGAUAUAAACCCGUGGAAACCAGAGACAAUUAGACUGACUCUUAAACUCAAACCGAGGAUUUAUUACUUCGAUGCAGAAGCGUUGCAGCAAGCUCUUCAGGAGAGACUCAAUGAGAAGGCAAGUGCGUUAAUAGCGUCAACGAUGCGAAGACGUCGAAGACAUGCGCAGCAGCAGUAG